AUGCAAAGUCAGUUUGUAAAAGUCUUUAUGGGAAAGAAAGAUUUUGAUUGCAGUGAAAUCGAAAACGCUAAAAAAAACUUAAUAGCGAAAGUCAAUGAGAUUGUGAGGAAAUGUCCAAGAGCUUUAAUUAUAUUUGAUGAGAUUCAUGACAUGUGUCCUUCUGUUUUGGAUGCCAUAAAGCCCAUGCUUGAUCAUCACCAUGCUGUUGAUGGCAUUGAUUACAGGGAUUGCAUAUUUAUAUUUAUUUCUAAUAUUGGUGGACCGGAAAUAGCCUCAAAUCUUCUUCAAUUGUAUAGUCAAGGAAUAAAACGAAAUGAAGUAGAAUUUCACCAUUUUGAACCUAUAAUAAGACGAACAUCAUAUUAUACAGGUGGAUUUGAAAAAUCAUCAACCAUUGCCCAGCAUUUAAUCGACCAUUACAUACCAUUCUUACCUUUGGAGCAACAUCAUGUUGAGAUGUGUGCAUUGGCUGAAUUCCAUUCGCUUGGUGUAUAUCAUCCCACUGAUGUAAUGAUGGAGGAUGCUUUAUCAAUAAUCACAUAUGGACCGACUGAGGACAAACCCAUAUUUGCGAAUAAUGGAUGUAAACGUUUUACAAAACACAUUCCUUAUGUAAUACAAAAAUAUAGGCCUAAAAAUGAAUUG